GUAUAGUAUUAAGAGAGAGAGAGAGUUUAUAUAAUUUUCUAUUCAAGUAUUAAUACUCGACUGUUAUAAUUGUAAGGUGUUUUUCUUAACAGUACUCCAAUGAUGUGUACCGAUCAUACUCACAGACGAUGGAGUAAUUUGCGAAAAGUAUUAGAAAGAUCGGGUCCCUUCUGUAGACCAGACUUCGAACCAUCGUCGGAAACUUUGCAGUUCUUGUUAGAAAAUUGUAAGAUUCUUGUAAUCGGAGCUGGUGGGUUAGGAUGUGAGUUACUUAAAGAUUUAGCGCUAAUGGGAUUUAGGCACAUUCACGUAAUCGACAUGGACACGAUUGAACUAUCUAACCUUAACCGGCAGUUCCUAUUUCGUCACAAAGAUAUCGGCUCGUCGAAAGCAGAAGUAGCUGCAAAAUUUGUAAAUAGUAGAAUUCCAGGCUGUAAUGUUGUAUCUCAUUGUUGUAAGAUACAGGAUAAAGGCGAAGAAUUUUACAGACAGUUUCAUAUGGUACUUUGUGGCCUAGAUUCAAUAGUUGCUAGAAGAUGGAUCAAUGGUAUGCUUCUAUCCCUUUUAAUUUAUGAAAAUGGAGAGUUAGAUAAAUCUAGUGUAAUACCCAUGAUUGAUGGAGGAACAGAAGGUUUCAAAGGAAAUGUAAGGGUAAUAUUACCUGGUUUGACAGCUUGCAUUGAAUGCACCUUAGAUUUAUAUCCUCCUCAGGUUACAUAUCCAUUAUGUACAAUAGCAAAUACUCCACGUUUGCCAGAGCAUUGCAUAGAGUAUGUAAAAGUGCUACAAUGGUCAAAAGAAAAUCCAUUCGAUUCUCCAAUAGAUGGUGAUGAUCCUCAACACAUAAACUGGAUUUAUGAAAAAUCCAAUGAGAGAGCUGCACAAUUUAAUAUACAGGGUUUAACGUAUAGACUAGUGCAGGGUGUUGUAAAAAAUAUUAUACCUGCUGUAGCAUCUACAAAUGCUGUUAUUGCUGCAGCUUGUGCUACAGAGGCAUUUAAACUAGCUAGCAGUUGCAGUGCAUCACUGAGUAAUUAUAUGGUGCUUAAUGAUUUAGAUGGAAUCUAUACUUAUACUUAUGAGGCUGAAAGAAAAGAAGACUGUGUGGCAUGUAGUCAAAUUCCAAAAGAAAUUGAGAUCAGUAACCCUAAAUUCAAAUUAAGAGAAUUGAUACAACUUCUUUGCGAAAGAUCUGAUUUACAGAUGAAGAACCCAGGUCUCACAGCAUGUAUUGAUGGCAAAAAUAAAACACUGUAUAUGCAAACUGUACAAAGUAUUGAAGAAAAAACUCGCGAAAACUUAACGAAAACUUUAGCUGAUCUUGGGCUAAAAAAUGGCAGCGAGAUAAACGUUGCUGAUAUUACUACUCCUAAUACGAUUAUAUUAAAAUUAAAAUUUGUGUGAUCUAAUUCAGAUAUGUUCUAAUUAUAAAAUUCCUUCAUUUUGUUCACGGAUUUAUGGCUACAAUCAUCAUCGGGUAUUUACAGUAUUUAUAUUAAUUUUUGUUGAAUUAAAAAAUAAAUGUUCAGACAAGAUUCUGUCAGCAUUGACCAUCGUGAAAUGAUAAAGAUCAAAACAUUUUCGAUGUAGUAUCGUCUUCAACGAACCUAUAAAAUAGGUAUCACACGGUAACAUUGUUUUAAACAUUGCUUUAAUAUUAAUUCAUUCUAAGACUGCGUAAUAAACUGGUAUUGCUAUUUUUUCUUUUAAUAGUACUAAUCCUUUUGUCUAUCCUUAAAUAUAACAGAAGCGAGUAUUAAAAUUAUAGUAGUUUAUGACAUACCUGUUACAUUAACAAUAAAGACACGACUGCAAAUACAA